AGACUCAUAACUAUGCUUGUCUCUACUGCAUCGUCAAACGUUCUUUCCAUGAAGUGGGCGUGUGGCAAACUUCUUUGACUUUUUCCUUUUAUCCCACUCACUACCAACUACUAUGAGUGAUAUCGACGUCAGGUUCUCCCCAUCCACUGCGCAGGACGCGGGCUCAUUCCGCCUGAUCGAACUUCCUCCCGAGCUAUGUCAGUUGAUUGAAUCGACGAUGAACGCCCCUUCUCAUGCGCAAUCGACACUGUGUGUAAAAGGGAGCAUCGCCGAGGACGCAGUCCUGUGUACAGCAGACAAAACAUACGCCCUUCGUUCGGUUCAGCUGUCUAAUACUUUGCUGGUAACGACACCGUCAAGGACGGACUCGGGAAGAGCUGUGAAUGUGAGGGAUCGGAUCCAUGAAGUUUUGGAGCUGGUGCCGUCUGUCCCCAAACUACACAAGUUGCCCAUGCUCCUGAAGGGUGCGCAGUACGAUGAAGGUGACGAAGACCGACGCGUGACACUUGUAAAGUACACUUACGACCAGGCAUUGUGUGAAAUCCAAGCAAGCGAAGCAGAGUUUCAGCAGGGCCUGAAGGAGAAACGUAUCCUCGUCCUUGAUGGUUACCUGCGUCCCAUUGUUCCUACGCACCUCAGCACGAUUUUGGAGCUCAUCCUUAGUUACGUGGUAACUUUGUCUCUCUCAUACCAAGCAGCAGGGGUAGAGGAACUCGUCUCCACGCUUGCGGACGAGCACGAGGUUCCUCGAGAAGUUUCUGGACAGAUCAUCUCUUGGUUCGGGCCUGUCAAGGAAGGACUGUGGGAGAUGGAUGUCAAAGCUGUGGUCGCUGAGAUCGGCUUGGAGAUUCUGAGACAUUACAAGCACGAGCCUAUCGUGGAGUCAGAAUUUUUGUCGAAGUGGAAAAACAAAGUUGGCGACACCUUCGAAGCCUUCCUUGCAUUGGAACUGCUUACAGGAAACUAUCUUCGGUCGCAGGAUAACUCUAGCAGUGCUGCAUUGACCUAUUUCCCCGCCUCCGGGCUGCAGAUGGAUCCCGCUGCGCGCUUUACUGAGUUGUUCCUCACCAAGCAGCGAUGGAAGAGCAACGACAUCGAACCUUUCUUGUCAGAUAUCGCAGUCAAUUCCAAGGAGCGGGACAAACUGCUGCUAAAAUAUGCACGAGCCAUAACAACACCCGAGGGUACGUGGUACACCUCAAGAGUGGGAUACAAUAACUAGUGGUAAUGUACUGUUACUCUGAUUUUCUGCCACUAUGCACCAGCAGGCCAGCCCCGGUCGUCGCUCUGUCUUGCCCUAGCACGUGUUCUUGUAUCCUGGCCAAGACUUCUUACAGGCGACGGGUGGUAAUCGUCAUCGUCCUCGUCCAGUUGUUUACGCUUCUUAGAACUGGAUGAACCGGCGCGGAUCGAAUAUGGGCUAUUGUCC